AUGACCAGUGUUGGGGAACAAUGUAAACGUCACCAUUCAUCUGCAGCUCAUGCGGCGGACAAUAACCCGUAUCAAAAGGCACACUUUAAUUACAAAAACUGCCCGCGGCUCGACAACAUUCGUUUCAGCUCCUUUGUGCGCCGCCCGUACCUAUUCCCGCUCGUGUCUGGCGUACUGCAGGCGCGACACGGUAGGCAGGAAUGUUCUGCGUUCGGAGAAUUCUCACUGCUGAAGCGGACUCCAACAAAAGCAACAUUCUUUGGUAGCGCAUGUAGAGAUCACGCGUCGGAGCGGUUACUAGCAGUCGUCAAGCCACCGUUGCCAGUUCCGGAGGUCUGUUCGAGGAACUGUUUCCUUGCUGCGAGCCGUGGUUCACGCUAUGGU